AUGACUGGGAGAUACGUCGUGCCAACGCAGCUUCGAGGUGUUUCAUCAAUAUACACCUUUAGAGCUUCGACAGCUCCUUUGUCUUUGUCCGGGCGGUUCUCCGCAGCUUGCCCACGCAACCAGACAUCCUCAGCGUCUACGGCCAAGGCGGAAGAUGAACAGACCAAAGAUGAGAAUGAAAAUGAGGAACAGGAUAGUGCGAUGACGCGCCGUCUGGCCCAGAUGACCGAAGAUGCAAUGCUAGAAGGUGGACGGUCUGCGCGUCGUAACAUCGAGCAUGCCGGGUUCUCAGAAGAAUUGAAGAAACAGCUCGAAGAGCGAGUAGCUGCGGCUUCAUUUAAGAGCGAGUAUGCGGCAGCUCACUCUAUAGUUAAUAUGCCAGCUGGCGCAGGCCAAGGCACAAGAGAGAUGGCCGCUGCGCCUGCAUGGACAGGAGAGGAAAGAGUGGAAGAUACAACUCUGCGCAUGCUAGACGACGCAAGCAAACCAAUCCGCAUGCCCUACAAAAUCCCCCAACCGGUCAACCUCCAACCGGCCCCAAAACCAAGGAAGUCUCGCGGUCAUCGCUUGGCCGAGGCGAAAGAGCGCACAUCUACCUAUGCAUUGAGUCAAGCGCCUGGCUUCUCUCAGGAAGAGCGUGAGAACAUGCGCCGUGAAAUGCGAGAAAACCUGUCGCCCGGUGCGCGAAGCAUGCCAAUCUCCAUUUCGGGUCUGUCGUCACUGGCAGAAGAACGGAUCGAAGAUGCCAUUGCCCGCGGACAGUUUAAGUCGAUCCGUCGUGGUAAGGGUGUCAACACCGAGACGGACCAUAAUGCGAAUAACGCAUUCAUUGAUACGACCGAAUACUUUAUGAAUAAAAUCAUCAAGCAACAGGAGAUUAUACCACCAUGGAUCGAAAAGCAACAGCAACUAGCCACGGAAACCAGUCGGUUCCGCAGCCGUCUCCGGGCAGACUGGAAAAGACAUGCAGCCAUGUUAAUCUCCAGCAAAGGAGGAUCCCUGGAGGCGCAAAUGAACCGAGCAAAAGCAUAUGCAGCCGCCGAAGCAAGGCUAGCCGAGAAAGCCAAGCUGGAAGCUUCCCUGCGCGAAGAACCAUCCGUUUCCGAGACCAAAGAAGACGGCCGAAUAGUCCACAGAGCCGAGUCAUCCACAAGCAACGAAAACAGCGGAGAACCAUCCGAAACCCUCGCCCAUCUCCCUCCGUUGCGAGAUCCAGAUUAUCUCGCAAUUGAGCGUGCGUAUCAUGAACUCGCCGUGAAACAGAUCAAUUCCCUUGCACGUUCGUACAACCUCCAAGCACCGCCUACCGCCCGUAAAGCAUACCUCAAUCUCGAUCGAGAGCUCAAUGCAUGCUUUGCUGAGGUUGCGCCUCAGCUGGCGGAAGAGAUUAAACGUCGGGCGACGGAGCGCGCUCGUCCGUCGUCGACUGUUGCGCCGGCUUCGAGUCCGUUUGGGUCUUUAGAUAUGGCACAGUCCGCGCGUGUUCGUGAUGAAGAUAAGGCGAAGGCGUAUGGUAUGAAAGAACUGUGGAGGGAUUUAUUCUCCAAGUCAUAA